AUGCGAGUCAUCCUGAGCAGCCUGCCGCGCCUGAGCAGCGUGACGCUCGAGGGCAAGGGCUGGAACCUGUGGCCGUGCCGGCACAACGAUCCGUACGCGUGGGGUGCGGCGCUGCUGCGCUCGCUCGCAGCGUGGCAGGCGCGCGGCCUCAAGGAGCUGUUGUAUGAUGUGGAAGAAUUCAGCUGCGCCGCGCUGCCCCUGGGCUACGUCCUGCCGCGCCUGGCGAUUGAGCUGGGGCCGACCCUGGAGCGGCUGGAGCUGUACCCCUGCCGCCUGCCGCGCGCGGGCGGCGGCGGGGGUGGCCUGGCCGAGGGCGUUCACGAGGGCGGGCUGCGGUGCUUGCCGCUGUUCCAGCGGCUGCGGUACAUGGAGCUACACAUUGAGGCUGAGAUUGGGGAGGGACGUGUCCGGCUGCCAACAGCAAAAGAGUGCAUAGAGGCCCUGGUGGCGCCGCUCGUGUCGUGUGGGUGUGUGGGUCCCUGCCUGCGGGAGCUGGUUGUGAAGCUGCCGGCCCGCGACGUCACCAGCGGCGUGUGGGCGCACUGCGACAGGCUGAGCGCCCAGUGCCCUGGCGGCGUGCUGCGGUUCAAGCCUGUGUAG